AUCACGAUAAAGAAUGAUUUAUUCACUGAUCUGUUUAUAAGAUUGUCGUGUCAUUCAAAAUAUAAUAGGUAGGUAUAUAAAUAUAAAGAACGAUAGCUUAACUCGCGUAGUGGUUUAGUCAACACGGUAGACGUUUGUCCACCAUGUUAAUAUCACGUGUAUCAUUUCUCUUGAUAUUACAACUAUCUUAUUCUGAAGCAACAUUAGAAAUUAAUCUUGAAAAUGAUUAUUCCAUGGCAAAAGAAUGUGUCAAACGAAUAAUUAAAGCGUAUUACGAUUAUGAAGUUUUGACAUUCAUUAAUUUCAAUGCAAGAAGCCAGGAAAUUUUACAAGCCAUCCAUGAAACAAAUUCGGUCUCAAUUAUAACCAGAGCACUGCACGAGAAAAGUCCACUUUACAACAGAGGAUACUUUAUUUACGUAUUAAACGCUGACGACUUCUUAUCACAUUUCUAUUACUUGAAGACGGAAGGAACUUGGAAGCCGGAUGCGCCGUUUAUGGUCGUCGUGGAGCACCUGCAGCCUGAUGAUCUGCUCCCCAUGUUCCGGGAAUUACUGUGGGUACAUGUCGCAAAAGUCGUCAUAAUUGACGCGCUCACCACUAAUGCGUACUCCUAUGACCCUUACAGCAACCAAGGCUGCGGAAAACGUUUCGAUAGUAUCAUAGAAUUGGGAAAGUGCUUCAUUGUCACCCCUCCUUUUGUCUUUUCAAAUGCAAGUAAAAGUAUUCUCCGAAACUGCACCUUACAGGUAGCAGCGACCAAUUGGCCUCCUUUUACAAUUGAUCGUACAAAAAACGACGUGAAAACUAUCGGAAUGGACGAAUAUAUUUUCUCUGUGUUUAGUGAGCUCGAACACAUUAAUGUAAACAUAACUUAUUUUGAGGAAUUGUCCGAUGUAGUUUCUAAUGUUUCGCAAGACAUGGUGGCCACUGGGCCGCUGGGGUGGCUGCAGGCGAACAAGUUCGACGUGGUGACGGGCUGUCAGAUCCUGCUGCCCAGCCGUGCCGAGGCAUUUGAGUACCUCUAUGGACAUCUAGCAUUUGACGACUAUUUUGCAGUAUUCGUACGUAAAUCUGGCUUGUUGGCUCAUUGGAAAGUACUUACACUGGUGUUCACGCCCAUAGUUUGGUUUCUUCUUUUGGUAACUUUCUUAAUUGUUGCUAUUCUAGUAAUUUUUGUAAGUAAAUCCAAAGACAAAGUUGUUAUGGUCUUCUGUUUAGUAGACAACUUGUUAAUGCACACGUGUAGAAUUCGGAAGACAAACAGGAUACUUUACAUAUUACUUUUCAGUUGGAUUUUAUUUUCUUGUUUAAUUCCAUACCAUUAUUUAUCUAUUUUGUACAGCCUGACCGCGAAACCAGUGAAUGAUUAUCAAAUUGGGACAAUAUCGGAUAUGUAUAAGUAUGAGUUGCGACCCUGUAUAAGCGAUGCGGUUCUAGUCAUGCAUCGAAUGAUUUUAGAUAACAACUCUGCAUAUUUCAACGAUUUGAUCGCUCAUCAAUUACCUCUGUGUGCCACAUUAAGCAGCAGCCUCGAAAAAGUGGCCAAAUCUGAUGACAUGUUCACUGUGGUACCGUAUUAUAUGUAUUAUUCCGUGAAGUACAAUUACUUCGAUAGUCAUGGGCGAGAUCUCCUUUACCCGUUUCACCAACGUUUAGGCAAGAUCAUCUACGGCACUUAUAUGUACAAAGGAUUUCCCCUUCGCGACAAAUUGUUUAUGCAAACAACGUGGAUGCACGCUGCUGGCCUUACUCUGAAAGUUUGGCAAGACUAUGUUUCUCAGCAGGCAAAGCUAUUUCAAAUAAAGGAACUGAAACAGCAAUAUAACCUGCGUGUGCUAGUCCCUUGGCAAAUAAUUGUGAUAGGCUCAUCUAUCAGUACUUUGUGCUUUUUGGGCGAAAUAGUAACAAAUUAUUUUAAAAGCAUCAGAACUUCAAACAUUGUUAAAAUUAGAUAAAAUUUUAUACAAUAGGUCAAUGUUUUCGCCUAAACGUUUCUCAAUACAUUUUAUCUAGAGGUACAUACUUCCGAUACCCGAAUGGUUCGAUUUGAAUAAUUUUGUUUUUGUUCGAAAAUUUCGAAAGCUAUGUCCAAGGUGGUCUCAUAUUAAUCUCGCGUGUAGUUCUGAUGAUCGGAUUCAUGUGGAAUUGAGGGAACUCAACUGUUAAAGACACAUACAGGUAUGGUAUUUGGGUAAUUUCUUAAAUUUUGAGAGAAUGUGUCUGCAACUCGAAAACCACCAAUUUCAUGAAAUGGUGAUGCUGAUGAAUCAUCAGAUUGUUUUCAUGAUAAUGAUGAUGAUUUUUUAAAAUUUAGUUUGUUCAAAACUGUACUUACCCAAUAAAUUGCUUUUACAUUACAGUUCGACAUAAAAUAGGAAAAAAUAAUUCUGGGCGCCACUUUCUUCGUAGGUAACUGUUAUAUUUUUGAUAUAAAAUGCUUAAACGUGGCAACAAUUUUGUUUGGAAAUUGUUUAGUUUCAUUGUAUUUUAUGUCGCCAUGUGGAGAUAUUUUGUAAGUUGCAGACGAUUGUCAGCGGUUGUUGCUAAUAAGCAUGUUGAAAUAAAAAUUCCUUUAUUAUUGACCAUUGAAUAAAGUGGAAGAGUA